UUAAACCUCAAGUCUUUGUAGAAUAUAUCACAGAAUUUUUUCUUUGUAGAAUAUAUCACAGAAUUUUUUCUUUUCCCUGGUUUAAUAUUCAGUUUAAUAUCUGAAUUCAAUAUUGCUGUUGUUUUCCUAUCCAACGUUUUUCUUCUUCUUAUUCUGCGCGUAUGUUGCGCGGCUCUUUUGCUGUUUAAAAGAAUUCAUGUUAAUGAAUUUCUGAUACAGUUUUUGGAUGCUGGCAAAGAAAAUUGAUCAUCAACCAGCUGUUCUUGCUGUUCUUAUUGAAGGAGUGCUGGAGAUUUGCAGUUUUUUGUUCAUCUGUAAAUGAACGAUAACAGGAUUGAUUGCCAAGAAAGAAAUCAACCAAACCAUGGACUAAUUUCGGAUUGCAACUUCGAAUACACGACUUGUUCUUCCCAUCAUUUUGGUGUCCAACAACAGCCUUGGAACAUGGGAGUUUGGGUACAGCAACCAACCAUGGAUCAGGGAGGCUCACAAAUUCAACAUCUUGGCCACGGAAAACCCUCCACAACCAUCAUGAGCCGUUUCGAAUCACCUACUUCAGCUUUUUAUGCAACUGAACGCUGUAUGGGGCUUCCACAGUAUGAAUGUCAAGUUGUUGGAUAUCCUGCUUUGGGAUCUCAUACCUCUAGAACCUGUGAGGGACAGUUCCCUUCUGGCCAAUCAUCUGGAGACAACUGUUAUAGUGAUUCAGCCGACCAAGCUGAUCCAAAAUUUGAAUUCAGAAACUCUUUGCAACCAAGUGUGAAACCUCAGCUCUGUAGCUUCCAAUCAAAUAGAUCAUUUGAAAAAUCCAAUCACAUUUCAUGCAGCAAUAUGCAAGAGGGUAAACUAUUUGGACACCAGCAACAUAAGCUGCAUGAAGAUAAUGCACUCUCUGUCAGAAGGAACUUUUCAGUUCCUUUUAUAGAAAAUCAAGAUCACGCUGUCUAUUCCAAUUCAUUCAGUUCUCCUCUUGCACACCUUAGUUUCUCCUCCCCUCAUCAAGAGAAGCAGUCUCCAAGAUUUUCCUCCGGAAAUGGUUGUGUUACUACAGCUAAUUCUUCUUCAUCUGCGGCAGUACUCUCGAACAAAACAAGAAUAAGAUGGACUCAAGAUCUUCAUGAGAAGUUUGUUGAAUGUGUAAAUCGUCUUGGUGGUGCUGAGAAGGCAACACCUAAAGCAAUACUCAAGCUGAUGGAGUCAGAGGGAUUGACAAUCUUUCAUGUGAAGAGUCAUUUGCAGAAAUAUCGAAUUGCGAAAUAUCUGCCAGGCCCUUCAGAAGGAAAAUCUGAAAAAAGAACCAGCAUCAACAUUUCACCCCAGCUCGAUGUCAAGACUGCUGCUACUCUCUCACAACACUAUGGUGUGAACUUUUAUGGCAGUGGCUUACAAAUUAGAGAGGCACUGCAGCUGCAAUUGGAUGUCCAAAGGCGUCUUCAUGAGCAAUUAGAGAUUCAGCGAAAUCUACAGUUUCGAAUCGAAGAACAAGGAAAGCAGCUAAAGAUGAUGUUUGAUCUGCAACAAAAAACAAGCAACAGUCUUUUCAAGGCUGAGACCAUGGAUAAAACAUCCCCACAUGGUUCACCAUCAAAUAGUCUUGAUGAAGUUCAAGUUUUUAUUGCUGAAGAAUCAGGGAAUACACACUUCCCCUCUAAGAUAAGUUAGAUCCAAAAAAACAAAAAAAAACAGCAAACUGUUCAAUCUUCCGGCAAAAAAGAAAGUAGUCAUGCAGCUCCCCACAAAACUUCACUCCCUUUUUAUCAGAAUCAAGAGUCUUAUAUCUUGGUGAUAGAAAGAAAGAAAAAGCAUAAACUGAGGAGAAGGAUGUUUAAGAAGUAAGAAGAAAACAAUAAGCAAUUUGGUGCAUUUAUUCAUAUACAUACCAUGCAUGCAUGCAUUCAUUUACCAGAGCUAAUGAUCAUAAAAGUUUGGUGGGUUAGCAAAUGCCAAAUUACUUGGCUCUUCGUAUGUUUUGACAGAAAUUUCUUUUUUUAGGCAAGUUUUGUUGUAACAAUAUAACUUCUUGUUACUAUUACUCAUUAUC